AUGUCGGUGGCGGCGGAAGCACGUGGUGCCGGGAGCGGAAGGGGCGGCCUCGGCCCGUCCCCGUCCCGGGGCCAUGCGGGCGGGCGGGCCGGUACCGGGCAGCGGUUCCGCUGCCGCUCCCGCGCUGCCGCGAUCGGGCCGGGGCGUCCGCCGGGCGCGGGCCUCCUUCGUGGACGAGUCGCUCUUUGGCAGCCCCGCGGGGGCCCGCCCGGAGCCGCCCGGCUUCGCGCCUCCCUGGGCGGCAGCGGCGGCAGCAGCAGGUCCCGGGCGCGGCGGCCCCCGGCCAAGGAGUUGAGGAGCCACACCCCGUCCUUCUGCGACGAGUCCCUGUUUGGUGCCAAGCCCGCGGGUCCGGCCUGGGCAGCUCCCUGGCUGAGGAAGGAAGACGUAGCCAAGCUCCAUUCGCUGCUCUGGAGCCCCCCGCCUGCCCCCCAGCCCAGCCCGGCGCCCCGCUGCCGGGAGACUCCGCUGCGAGCCGUCCACCCACCCGCCCCCGCCGCUCCGGCAGCUGCGGGCUCCCCAGUGGGCCGUGAGGACAAGCCCUGCGUCGGGAAGCGUCCUGAUUCUAGCUCCAAAGGCCAAAGUGCUCCUGGCAGAGGACGUUCUCAGUCUCUCAGCCGGCUGAACACCCCCUCAGGUGGGCUCUGCCUGACUUCACACAGUCCCAAGACAGAAAUGUGUAAAAAGCAGAGGCCUCUGACAGCCCCUGUGACCCCCCAAGGACCUCUGAUGAGGGGUCGGUCCAAAAGCAUGUCCAGACCUCCUCUGGACAGGAGCUCCUCGGCAGUGGGUGGCUGCAAACCCAGGCCUCCUUGGAAAUGAAGCCAAAUGUCCUUCUGGAUCUAACUACAGCCUUAACCUGCCUGAGCUGGGGCUUGAUCUCCUGGUGAGUGAAUUCUGGAGGACCCUGGGACCUCCCAUGGCUGCAAACAAAGGAUGGGAAUGCUGUUUUUUCAGGAAGAUGAGCAUGGAACCAAAGGUGACCACAGCACUGGAGCAGGGCAGGCUUGAUGGCAACAGUUGCUUCCAUUGGCUGUCCAGUGGUUGUCAGAUAAGGUGUGGAAACAAGUUAGGUUCCUUCUGUCCAGGAAGUCCAUCCAGGAAGUUGGAACAGCAGGAGGCAGGGUUGCCUACAGCACAGGUUCAGGUACACUUGCAGCAUAGCCC